UGACAAAUGAUAAUUAAUAAGCCAAUUGUGAGACGGAACUCCGUGAAAUGUUUUAGGAACGCAACAAGGCAACUCACGCUCCCCGGCAUCUGAACUGACAGGAUGAAUCUGGUGAAGUGCCUUUCCGGAUACCCAGACUAAUGAUCUGCAAGAAUCCCAAUCUAGCAUCCAUUGAAUAUAAAUAUGCGCAAGGAGCAAGAACAAAUAACUUCGGGCAAUCCCGCAGCAAGCCACCGUUGUCCAUUAUGUAAAAAAAGCUUCGCCCAAGAGUCCACACACAAGCGGCACUAUUACUAUUGUCGCUCCAAACUUCCUGACACCGACACAUCUCGCAGGCGAUCUUGUGCCGCAUGCGUUCGGGCAAAAGCCCGUUGCGUCUUGCCUGUUGGUAAUAGCCUAGACGUUUGUGUCCGGUGCAGUGAGCGGGGUGCUAAAUGCGACUUUGGUACAGCAGGAAACAGGGAGUAUCGGGGAGGCGAUUCGGGUUCGGCGCCUCAUGCAGCUCACUUGAGGGGCAAGAAGUCGGAGCAUCAUGGGAGUAAAACCUCUCUGGCCCUCAUCAGAGGGUCCAGCCGAUCUAAAGACUCAAAAGACAGCUUAUUUUCACCGACGUCUCUAAAUUCGGCAACGCCCCUCGGAUGGUCAACGGAGCACAUCUGGGAUGCUGAAUUCAGUGAGAUCGACACACUUGGGCUUGAAAGUCCACUUUUUGGUGAUCAAGGUAUCGAAUCUCUGCUCUAUCCUCUCAGUGAAGAGACCGGCAUGAUCGAAAGCGGCAUAUCUUCCUUGACACCAUCCGCCAUUCAGUUCUCUAGUCCCUCGCUCUUUAAUCAUCGUACCUUUACUAGACCAAACCAAGGCCCAUUGGUAUCCGUGGCAAUACAGAUAUUGCGGUCCUAUCCCUUUAUGAUGCUCCACAAAGGAGCGCUUCCGCCGUUUAUUAGCCCUUUGCAAUCCUCAUGGGUUGAGACUGCAGUGGGGCCACCGCAACAGUCUCUACUUACGUGCAUGGGCCUUGUCCACUUAUUCAAAUCUCGAACCGACUCAAAUAGGAAUCUUAUAUGGAGGCUGAUCAUGCUUGAACAAGAAAAAAUACUGUCCAAACAUACGGAGUUCGAUAAAUGGGAGCUUCUGGCUGCUUUCCAAGCCCUGCUUAUCUACUGUUUGGUGCGCCUCCAGGAGGUUCCAGUUGGUUAUGACGGUUUUGAAGCCGCUCUUCUAACCACAGUCAAUCUUAUUUUCAACGCGCUAGCAUCGUUAGCCGGUGGAAUCAUCAAGAUGCAGCUUCCCGAUGACCCCGGCUUGUCCUGGAUGGACUGGAGCUACAACGAAGCAAGGAGACGGACGGUGCUUAUUUUUCAGAUCCUUAACACUCUAAUCGAGAUGUCCACGGAGGCUUCUUCCUAUCCCACUUGCGGGUUUGUUCUUAUACCUCUAGCAAGCAGCGCAACUCUGUGGAAUUCAAAUAACAUCGAGGAGUGGCGGACAGAAUUUAACCUCUGCAACAAGGAGCAAAAAAUAGUCGGACUCUCCCAAACUGGGGUGUUGACAAAGCUGCAUUUGACUGAUGCCUGCGUCGUACUUAGCUCCCUGGAGUGGGAAGAAUGGAGGGCUGAGGUUGGUGAGAUAGGGACACUCGUGAUGAUUGUAGGGGCCUUGUUAUAGAACCAUGGCCGCUCUAAGAGAAUCUAAUCAAACUUUGUUCGCUGGUAUCUACUGACAGUGGUGAUUGAUUGCGUUGGGUGGGAUUCCAAGCACAGGCUGAACAACGUCAUGUUGAAUGAUAGUAUUUAGACACGAAAAUGAAACUAAAACGCUCAUCCAACUCAA